AUGGGUGUUGAACUCAGCAUAGACCCGCCUAUCUGCGAUAUUACCGUCGUUGGCGGGACAAAGAAGUACAAACUGGUGAAUCACUGCGCGCUGAUGUUGGCUUAUAAGAUUAUUAUAAACCCUGGAUCGAAUUAUUCCGUUCCUGAAAGGCAGAUGUAUGGUCUCAUACAAAUUGGUUACACAGUCGAAAUCGAAAUUACGAGAAAGAAAGCACCCCCAAAGGCAGACAAGCUGAUCGUUCAGUACGCUUCUGUGGGACAAGAAGAGCGUGAUCCAAAAAGGCCGUUCGCCACUGGAAAACCAGUGGGAGAGAUCAAAGGCGAGACCGUAAUGAAGCUGAUUGCCGUCGAGUAA